AUGAUCAGAAUGUUCCUGGCACACCCGGCAACCUCACUGGCACAGCUGUCCUCCACCCGCGUUUUCUUCUGCCUCCUCCUGUGCAUCCCUCCUGUGUGGACCUCCUGCCCCCAGCCCUGCCAGUGCACAGACCACUCAGGAGCCAUGGCUGUGCUGUGCAGCUCAAAGCAUUUGGAUGAAAUCCCAAAGGACAUUCCCAAAGAUGCUGUGUUUGUGAAACUCGAUGCAAAUAAAAUCACCCAGAUCCCCAACAACGCAUUCAAACAUCUGAACCACUUGGAAGAGCUGGACCUCUCCAGAAACGCCAUUGAGAAGAUAGACAUGGCAGCUUUCAGAGGGGUGGCAGACGGGCUGCGGACACUGGAUCUUUCCAAUAACCUUAUUCAGAGUAUUCCCAAGGAAGCCUUAGUCAAACUGAAUGCUAAGAUCCGCCUGUCCAAUAACCCGUGGCACUGCGAGUGCGCUUUGCAGGAGGUGCUCUCGGAAGUGAAUUUAGAUCCCGAGUCAGUGAACGAGAUCACCUGCCAAACCUCUGUGCGCGAAGAAUAUGUCGGGAAACCUUUGAUCCAGGUCCUGGACUCUGGCGUCAAUUUCUGUAACAUCCAUCAAAAGACCACAGAUGUCGCCAUGUUCAUCACCAUGUUUGGCUGGUUCACCAUGGUCAUCACCUAUGUGGUGUAUUACGUUCGACACAACCAGGAAGAUGCCAGGAAGCACCUGGAGUACCUUAAAUCACUGCCUAGCGCCCAGGUCCCCAAAGAGACCAUCAGCACGGUCCUGUAA